GUGCAGGAGCCCUUAGCGUUGUCUUGACCGCAGCCUUUGGCCGCAUUCAGCAGACUCAACAGCAACAUGGGCAACAUUAUUAGAUUUUCCGAUGUAAUUCGACGCUGAUUGGUCGGACCUAAAAGUAGAAAUCAAUUAUUUUUCGAUUGUUACUUAGCGGUUGAAUCCGCUGAAUGCGACCCUUGUCGAAUAUUCUCACUUUUCGCACUAGCCCUUCCGAGGGGCCAAUACUCGAUCGUGAUUGGUCGAUUUCCUUACGCUUACGUCUUAUGUGCUUAUGGAAUUUUAUGUGUGAUGGCCAUAAAUGGUAAAUGUGUCUUCAGUUUUGGAGGUCAUUAGAAAUGAAUUAAAUCGUAAUACUUUCUCUUGUCAAAACGUAAAAAUCUGUUGAAGAAAAGAAUAGUGAAUUAAAAAUAGAGUUGAUUAAGGUGUCACUAUAUAAAAGAAUAUAAUUUUGUCAUUAAAUAAAAUGGAGGCUGUACUUCAACAAAAAGUCAUAGAAGUUGCCAAUCAUGUUGAGCAACAAUUAGAUGCAGAAUUGGAAAAAUUAGAUAAUUUGGAUAUCAGUGACUAUGAGAAGAUACGUACACACAGAUUAAAUGAAUUAAAACAAAUGCAAAAGCAAAAACAGAAUUGGCUGACUUUGGGUCAUGGAGAAUAUACAGAGAUAUAUAAUGAAAAAGAAUUCUUUGAAAUAUCAAAGAAAUCAGAAAAUAUAAUCUGCUUAUUUUAUAAAGAUGAUUCUCAACGAUGUAAAAUUGUAGAUUAUCAUUUCAAAAUUCUUGCAAAAAAACACAUUGAAGCAAGAUUCUGUAAAUUAAAUGUCGAAAGAUGUCCAUUUUUAACUGAACGUUUACGGAUUAAAAUUAUACCUACAAUCAUGCUAGUUGUGAAUGGUAAAACUAAGGAUUAUAUUGUAGGAUUUACUGAAUUAGGAAAUUGCGAUGAUUUUUCUACAGAAACACUGCAGUAUCGUCUUGCACAAUCUGGUGUAAUCAAUGAUGAUGAUUUAUAUCCUUCAGAAGCUGGCAAGAAGUCGUUUAUACUUAAAUCUUCAAAACCUAAGACUAUUAAAGGACGCAAUUCAGAUGAUGAUUCUGAUGAUGAUUAAAACUAGAUAUAAAAAUUUUUUUCAUAUUUUUCACAUUUACUUUAUAUCACAUUAAAUUUUAUU